AUGAACACCCCGCCCACUUCGGUCAACGUCUAUACCACCUGUCGCCAGGUCAACACCGAGGUAUUCAGUCCCAUGGCGAACAACUUAGCGGAGCUAUCUCCUCUUCCUCGCGUUAUAGUCGAAGUUGACGUUCAUCUACUUCUCGUGGCCCGAGAUCGAGACAACAAUGGUGAAAUUGACCUAUCCGAUGCCAUGGUUUUCGCCCUGAAGAGAGCUGAGAACUGGAUGGAUGGUAAAGUGCUAGGCCUUGUUGCUUGCAUGCAGAAGUGGUUCGUCCUCUUCGAAAGAAAGAGAUUGUUGGCCGGCCAGCAUAGCACAUUGGACUCAGUACCUACUGUUGUAUUGCCAUCUCCUCAUAUCUCAUAUAUCCAGGGAGCGACCCGCAGUCGGUGA